GCGGGCGACGGGGGCGCGCGCGGCGGGGGCGGGCGCUGCUGAACGCAGAGCUGCAGCCGGCGAGCUGGACGUGUCGGCGAAGAUGGCGGGCCGGAGCAUGCAAGCUGCAAGAUGUCCUACGGAUGAAUUAUCUUUAACCAACUGUGCAGUUGUGAAUGAAAAGGACUUCCAGUCUGGCCAGCACGUGGUUGUGAGGACCUCCCCGAAUCACAGGUACACGUUUACACUGAGGACCCACCCGUCGGUGGUGCCCGGGAGCAUUGCCUUCAGCUUACCCCAGCGAAAAUGGGCUGGACUUUCUAUUGGCCAAGAAAUAGAAGUCUCCCUGUAUACGUUUGACAAAGCCAAGCAAUGUAUUGGCACAAUGACCAUCGAGAUCGAUUUCCUGCAGAAAAAGAACAUUGACUCCAACCCUUACGACACGGACAAGAUGGCAGCUGAAUUCAUUCAGCAGUUCAACAACCAGGCCUUCUCAGUGGGACAACAGCUUGUGUUUAGCUUUAAUGAAAAGCUUUUUGGUUUAUUGGUGAAGGAUAUUGAAGCCAUGGAUCCUAGCAUCCUGAAAGGAGAGCCUGCAACAGGGAAAAGACAGAAGAUCGAAGUGGGACUGGUUGUUGGAAACAGCCAAGUUGCAUUUGAAAAAGCAGAAAAUUCAUCACUUAAUCUUAUUGGCAAGGCUAAAACCAAGGAAAAUCGCCAAUCCAUCAUCAAUCCUGACUGGAACUUUGAAAAAAUGGGAAUCGGGGGUUUGGACAAGGAAUUCUCAGAUAUCUUUCGACGAGCGUUUGCUUCUCGAGUAUUCCCCCCAGAGAUUGUGGAGCAGAUGGGUUGUAAGCAUGUUAAAGGCAUCCUGUUAUAUGGACCCCCAGGCUGUGGUAAGACCCUCUUGGCUCGACAGAUUGGCAAGAUGUUGAAUGCAAGAGAGCCCAAAGUGGUCAACGGGCCAGAAAUUCUUAACAAGUAUGUGGGAGAGUCGGAGGCAAAUAUUCGUAAACUCUUUGCCGAUGCUGAAGAGGAACAAAGGAGGCUCGGUGCUAACAGUGGUUUGCACAUCAUCAUAUUUGAUGAAAUCGAUGCCAUUUGCAAGCAGAGAGGAAGCAUGGCUGGUAGUACAGGAGUUCAUGACACCGUUGUCAACCAGUUACUGUCCAAAAUUGAUGGGGUAGAGCAGCUGAACAACAUCCUCGUCAUCGGAAUGACCAACAGACCAGAUCUGAUAGAUGAGGCUCUCCUUCGACCUGGAAGACUGGAGGUCAAGAUGGAGAUUGGCUUGCCAGACGAGAAAGGUCGGCUGCAGAUCCUGCACAUCCACACGGCGAGGAUGCGAGGGCAUCAGUUACUGUCUGCUGACGUAGACAUCAAAGAACUGGCCGUGGAGACCAAGAACUUCAGCGGUGCUGAAUUGGAGGGCCUGGUGCGCGCAGCACAGUCCACUGCUAUGAACAGACACAUAAAGGCCAGCACUAAAGUAGAAGUGGACAUGGAGAAAGCAGAGAGCCUGCAGGUGACAAGAGGAGACUUCCUUGCUUCUUUGGAGAAUGAUAUUAAACCAGCAUUUGGCACAAACCAAGAGGAUUAUGCCAGUUACAUUAUGAAUGGAAUCAUCAAGUGGGGUGACCCAGUCACUCGUGUCCUGGAUGACGGGGAGCUGCUGGUACAACAGACUAAAAACAGUGACCGCACACCCUUGGUCAGCGUCCUUCUGGAAGGCCCUCCUCAUAGUGGGAAGACUGCGUUAGCUGCAAAGAUUGCAGAGGAAUCCAACUUCCCCUUCAUCAAGAUCUGUUCUCCCGAUAAGAUGAUUGGCUUUUCUGAGACAGCCAAGUGUCAGGCCAUGAAGAAGAUCUUUGAUGAUGCGUAUAAAUCCCAGCUCAGUUGUGUGGUUGUGGAUGACAUUGAGAGAUUGCUAGAUUAUGUCCCUAUUGGCCCUCGGUUUUCUAAUCUGGUCUUACAGGCUCUCCUUGUGUUACUGAAAAAGGCACCUCCUCAGGGCCGCAAGCUUCUCAUCAUUGGGACCACCAGCCGCAAAGAUGUCCUUCAGGAAAUGGAAAUGCUUAACGCCUUCAGCACCACUAUCCACGUGCCCAACAUUGCCACGGGAGAGCAGCUGCUGGAAGCUCUGGAGCUUUUGGGCAACUUCAAGGAUAAGGAACGCACCACAAUUGCACAGCAAGUCAAAGGGAGGAAGGUCUGGAUAGGAAUCAAGAAGUUGCUGAUGUUGAUCGAGAUGUCCCUGCAAAUGGAUCCUGAAUACCGGGUGAGGAAAUUCUUGGCCCUCUUACGAGAAGAAGGAGCGUCUGAGGGACCGAGCAAGGAAGUUGGUUGUUCUGUUGGUUUUCUCUCCCUCUCCUGCUUCGCAAAACUUCCUUGUCACACAAUGCAGGAGAAAACUCGAUGUAGCCCCCUGGACUUGGACUGAAGACGACCGCUUGCAGGACACAGUGACCAAGGGGAGUGACCGCAGUGAAGACGGCCAGGGGUCUUCCCUGCCCCCAGAUGCUGGACUCAGCGACCACUUCUCCACCCUCGCCACGCGCCCGCUCUGCAUGACUAGUGCUCAGGAGCCCUCCCCCUGCUUCCCAAGACCCUCUAGUGUUUGUGGAAGGUGCAGAGUUGCUGUAGAGUGCUGUGUUUCCCUUUCGAGCUAAGAUGCUUCCUUCUGACCAGAAGCUACGUGUGCGAAACGUCCCGUGCUGGUGAACACUACACGUGCUAACUCCCUCCCGCCGCCCCCGCCACCCCUGCACGCAGGCAGCGUGGCCUAGUACGAGGGAGCCGCCCCCUGCGCAGACCAGGAGCGCGCCUAGAAUGUGCGUCCCGGUGUUAACACUAAAGGUAAUUGGUGUUUGGUUCAAGGUUCUCCCAGAAAGCCGCUCACUAUCUUUGCCUAAAGAAACAGGGUCUUGCAUGUCUGAGCUGCUUCCUCAGACGUUUGCAGAGGUGUGGCCGAGCUGCAGUCGGGAGAGCUUUGUUAAGAGAAAGAUAACUGCUGUUUGCCCUGACAGCCCCUCAUGGAGGUAACUUGUUCUGUGAUCAGAAGUACCCGAUCGUCACCACUUGGUAGAUGUUACAAGCCUGAGAAAGAUCCAUAUGCAGAAAAGUGUAUACCCGCCACAGAAAGAAGUUACUAAAAUAAAGUCAUUUACAAGCCUCUCAGCACUCGUUAGUGGCCAGCUUGUAAGUAGGUCAGUUGCUCAGCAUUGCAGUGAGGCCUCAUUAGGAUCGGCACUUUCAUCUUCCCCUGACGCUUGAUGCUUACUUGGAAUCCCCCCUCCGCGACCUCAGUUACCGGCGUGCUGUCUGGCACCAGUAAAACGUGGCCGUCCAGCUGCCCUCGGUCCUCCCCCCGUCGUUCCACACACUGCGCGUCCCCUCACCCUGCGCACGCUGCUCCAGGCCGGGAGGACUCGCGGGGCCCUCCGGGGUGCCGUGUCUUCCACCUGAGUCAGGGUGACUCACAGCGCUCGCCACUCUCCCCAUCGCUGCUCAGGGUGCAGGGCCGGGCGCUGACGGCCACCCCAGGGUGCUCCGACCUCCCGCGGCGGCGCUGGGAGUGGCUCUGUCGUCACCCCGCAGCAGACCGUCUCCAGACCUGGCUGCCUGCGUGCUUCUGGUGGAGACUCGUGUGUCCUGUCUGCUUUGUUUCGCAUUUCCAGCCCUAGUUUAUUUUGUGGCUUUUUAAAAGUGGAUUGACUGUCUCGUGACAUCGUGUGACUCCUGGUGGCCAGUGUCCUGGGUCUCCUCAGCCCCGUCCUCCUCCCGUGAAAGCAGCACACGUUGUGUUAACUUCUGUCUCUUGUUCAAUGAGCUUAAUGUCUCUGUGUUUUGUCCAAAACUAUAUUGAAAAAUAUAAAUAUUAUAUUGUUUAAUGCAAAUGAAGGAAUGCAAUAAAGAGUAAAUACACUUGAAA